AUGGCCCGAUCUACAAUAAUCUCAACUUUGCUCUUGAGCUCUUCGCUUUUGGGUUUCGCAAAUGCAAAUACAGUUCAUAUGGGAAUCGCAAAAAAUCAUGCCAAUGAAGCAGCACAAUUACAAAAGCGUCAGCAAUAUCUUCAGCGUCGAGGUAUGGGAGAGGUUGUUCGAGUUACAGAAAGAGCAGAUACAGUGACGGCAGAUUUGGGAAAUGCUUUGACGAGUGGUCUAUACUAUGCAAAUGUUACAGUGGGAAGUCCGGCACAACAGCUGAGCUUACAGAUCGAUACGGGUAGUUCUGAUGUUUGGGUACCAAGUGCGAGUGCUACCAUUUGUGAGGAUACUAGAGAUGGAGGAUGUCCUGGUGGGAGCUUUGACUCCUCCAGCUCCACAACCUUCCACGAAGUAGAUCGAGACGCUUUCAAUAUUUCAUACGUAGAUGGAACUGGAUCGACUGGAGAUUAUUUUCAAGAUACCUUCUCGAUUGGUGGAGCUACAGUCAAAAGUUUUACGAUGGGUCUUGCUACAGACACUUCUAUUUCAAUUGGAAUCAUGGGCAUUGGAUAUAAUAGCUCCGAAGCAAAUAUUCAAACUGGAAAUGGUACUACGUACCCGAAUUUACCGAACGUCUUGGUUUCCUCAGGAUUGAUAAAUAGCAAUGCUUACAGCUUGUGGUUAGAUGAUUUACAAUCAAGCACUGGCUCAAUAUUGUUCGGCGGUAUCGAUACGGAAAAAUAUGUUGGUGACCUCGUCACUGUCAAUGUCUAUCCAAGCUCCCGUGGAGGGUCGGUAACAUCCUUCACUGUAGCUUGGACUUCCCUCUCGGUUCAAUCUUCAUCGGGAACAGAUCAGUUGACCGCACCCAGUUUUGCUCAACCAGCCAUCCUCGAUUCUGGAACCACCAUUACUCUUUUACCUGAUGAUGUUGCCGCUGUCAUCUUCGAAGAACUUGGAGCAACAGUAUCUCAACAACUUGGCGCAGUAGUCGUUCCCUGUUCUCUAGCUCAGAAAUCUGGAAGCAUAAACUACGGAUUUGGAGGAGUGGAUGGUCCUACUAUUAAGGUUGAUGUAUCACAACUCGUAUUACCUCUCACCACAAGUGAUGGACGUACACCAACUUACAGCAAUGGUGAUCCAGCUUGUCAACUCGGUAUUCAAGCCGCCGGUUCGAACCCUACGCUUUUCGGGGAUACAUUCUUACGAUCAGCCUAUGUUGUUUAUGACCUCGAAAAUAACAGAAUUGGACUCGCGCAAACCGAUUUUAAUGCUACUGGGUCCAACAUCGUACCAUUCCCAAGCGUAGGUGCAGCCAUACCAAGUGCAUCAAGCGCACCCAAUGAAGCAGCUGUUACACAGACAGCUUCUGGCAACCCAAGGAUUGGUGUUACGGCAACUGCGACUGGGACUGGUCAAGCAACUUACAAUCCAACUGCCACAGGAUUGAAUGCUGAAGCAGGCUUCACUUCAACAUCAACAUCAACUAGUACUGGGAAGAAAUCUGCAGGAUCAUCAGGCCCUGGACCAUUUGAAUGGGCUAGAGUUUUCGUUGGUGGUAUUGCGAUGAUUAUGGUUGGUGUUGGUGGUGGAAUCUUUACUCUUUUGAUAUAA